AUUCGCUUUAGUGGAAUGAGAGAAGUAUGUUUCUUGGUUCCUACAACUAGAGCGUUUAAGCCCUUUGUUUGUUGUAUUGUGGCCCAUUACCCCAUGGCCAUCGAUCACUCUCAUUUCUCAUAAUAUAACUGCUUAUUCCAAAAAAAGAGAAAGAAGUCUUUUUGUUUUUCCCCCCUCUUACUUUAGUGGACUUGUAGCUUGUAAGAGUAGUCUUUUGGGGAUUGGAGUUCUGGUUUUGGCGUAUAAUAAUAGCUUGGGAUUUGGUCAGACUUUCUAGAGGAUUUGGGAUUUUGUGGAGAUUUGUUACUUGUUAGUGUAUUGGGAAGUAAAAUCCUUUACUUAUAUUGUUGUAAAGAGAAACGAUCAAGAAGCAGCAGAGUAAUGGCAGGAGGUGGAGGAGCUGCUGCGCCCCCACCAAAGCAAGAUGAGCUGCAGCCUCAUCCAGUGAAAGAUCAAUUGCCUAAUGUUUCUUACUGCAUUACUAGCCCUCCACCCUGGCCUGAGGCCAUUAUACUUGGGUUCCAGCACUACCUUGUCAUGCUUGGGACAACUGUUCUUAUCCCCACCACUUUGGUUCCCCAAAUGGGAGGAGGAAAUGAAGAGAAAGCAAAGAUGAUUCAGACGCUGCUGUUUGUUGCUGGGUUGAAUACAUUGACUCAGACAUUUUUCGGGACACGAUUACCUGCUGUAAUUGGGGGCUCUUAUACAUUUGUACCCACAACACUUUCAAUUGUCUUGGCAGGGCGAUAUAGCAGUAUUCCAGAGCCUCAGGAGAGAUUUCAGAAAAUCAUGAGGGGAAUUCAGGGAGCCAUGAUUGUAGCAUCAACUCUCCAGAUUAUAAUUGGUUUUAGUGGCCUUUGGCGCAACGUCACAAGGUUCAUGAGCCCACUUUCUGCAAUUCCAUUGGUGGCUUUAUCUGGAUUUGGAUUGUAUGAAUUUGGUUUUCCUCUACUUGCAAAAUGUGUUGAAAUUGGAUUGCCACAACUUAUCCUCCUGGUUAUCUUUUCACAGUACAUACCCCACCUGACGAAGGGAGGAAGACAUGUCUUUGACCGGUUUGCUGUUCUCUUCUCGGUGGUGAUUGUGUGGAUUUAUGCCCACCUUCUCACGGUGGGAGGAGCCUACAAGAACACUCCACAAAAGACUCAGUUAACCUGCAGAACAGAUCGUGCAGGAAUUGUUGGUGCUGCUCCUUGGAUUAGACUUCCAUACCCAUUUCAAUGGGGACCUCCCACAUUCGAUGCUGGAGAAGCAUUUGCAAUGAUGGCAGCUUCUUUUGUUUCUCUUGUUGAAUCCACAGGUACUUUCAUGGCUGUAGCGAGGUAUGCUAGUGCAACUCCUGUUCCACCGUCAGUCCUUAGCCGCGGUGUUGGCUGGCAGGGAAUCGGAAUAUUGUUAUCGGGAAUGUUUGGAACAGGAAAUGGAUCAUCAGUUUCUGUUGAAAAUGCGGGUCUGCUGGCAGUGACACGCGUGGGAAGCCGAAGAGUAGUGCAAAUAUCUGCUGGCUUUAUGAUAUUCUUUUCAAUACUAGGGAAAUUUGGAGCUAUAUUUGCUUCAAUUCCAGCCCCCAUUGUUGCAGCUCUAUAUUGCCUCUUCUUUGCCUAUGUUGGCUCAGCAGGACUCAGUUAUCUGCAGUUCUGCAACUUGAACAGCUUCAGAACAAAAUUCAUAUUGGGAUUCUCAGUCUUUAUGGGCUUAUCGGUGCCGCAAUACUUCAACGAGUACACAGCCGUGAAUGGCAUGGGUCCUGUUCAUACGAGGGCGAGAUGGUUCAACGACAUGAUUAACGUGCCUUUCUCGUCUGAGGCAUUCGUGGCUGGGCUGUUGGCGUUGCUGCUGGACGUCACGCUGCAUAAGAAAGGUAGUGCAACAAGCAGGGACAGGGGGUUGCCAUGGUGGGAUAGAUUCCGCUCAUACAAAUCUGACACGAGGAGCGAAGAGUUCUACUCUCUACCUUGCAACCUCAACAAGUUCUUCCCCUCAGUGUAAUCAUUCCGCUUUUGUUUUUUUUUUGUUUUUUUAUCCUGCAAUCACAUCAGUAUGAAUCAUACAUAAUAGACCUAGACAUUCUUCUCCUAUAUACGUACAUUUUAACAACUCCAAAGUUGUGGUAGCGAAGCGACGGAUUCUGCAUUUAUGUGACGUAACUUUGUUAAUUUUGGUUGUGAAUUGUGAGUCGUGACUUGGGAGUUGUCUUUUUAUUAAAUUAACCAUUUCUUUCUUUC